AUGGCCGACUCUCGUCCUGAUGACGACCUGUACCACGCUUGGGCCGAUUUCACCCAGCCAAGCAAGGUGCUUUCUGAGAUCCUCGAAGAUGAGGAUAAAUCCCGCACCUUGUACAAUAUGAUCGAGCGUCAGUACAAGUUCAUCUCCGAGCGCUCUGCCGAUGAUGAGCGUGGUGAGAUGAGCGUCUUCGACAAGGUGCUCGUCUAUAUGUGGCAGCAGGAGCACCAGAUCAACAAUGUUGGCCUCCUUGAGUUCUACCUCGAGGAAUAUCUCAUGGCCAAGAUGGUGCACACCUACCCCGCCAAGAAGGCCCUCGUCUUUGCCCAGCUGCAGGCCGGCGAGCUUAUUGAUGCAGCUUUCGUCAACCCUGACCACCUCGAGAUGAUCACCGAGGCGGCCGAGACCACCACCGGCGAUGAUGGCAUCGCCCAGCAGGAGUUCGCCCUGGACAAACUCAUCCGAGUUUACCAGGAAGCCAAAGCGGACUUCUACUUUGCCGACGCGGACAAGUCGGGCACUUCCAACAAGUGCAACGACAAGUUCACCAAGGUCCGCUUCCUCCGUGACACGGCCGAAAAUCUCUGGCGUUACAUGGAGGCGUUUGGUCAUCAGUCUCACCCGCUGAUGGCCGAGGUCCAGAAGAUGGUGGACGUCAGCGCCCGGCACGCCGAGCAUCUCGCCGGUGGUCGCAAGCGCAUCUUCGAGCUCCCGGAAGAUGAAGACACUCGCCCGGUUGGCCACCACCGGAAGCGAGCCCGCAACGAGCGCCAGGUCGACUCCUAUCGACCCCGUCAUGAAAGCCGUCACGACCGGCACGAGCGAGGCGAUCGACAUGACGACCGCGAUGAACAUUACGUCCGUGAUGUUCGUGACCGCCGCGAUGAGGACGACACUGACCGCCGAGAUCGCCGCCGCCGCUCACGCCACUCCCACUAG